AGUGCUUCUUUUGGAGUGAACCUGACCGCAGUGAAACCGCACCGCUCAGUCAUGACCCUUGUUCUGCUGCUGGCUGCAGUAUGCUGCGCGAUUCCAGGUGCAAUUAGUGGUGGAUUCGGUGGACUUGGCGGUGGCGGUUAUGGCGGUGGCGGCUACGGUGGAGGAUUCGGAUCAAGUCUUGGAUCCGGCUUGGGCUCCGGCUUGGGGUCGAGCUUCGUAUCAGGAGCGGCAUACGGCGGCGGCGGCGGCGGAGGUGGCCAGGCGUAUGCAGCCGGACCAGCGUACAUGGUCAAGCCCCUGCAAAGCGGUGGUGGAUUUGGCGGCGGCAGCUACGGAGGCGGCCUCUCAUCUGGCUACGGCGGAGGAGGCUACAGUUCCGCAUUCGGAUCCGGACACAGCCUCGGCGGCGGCUACGGUGGUGGCCUUGGUGGAGGCCUCAGUGGUGGCGGAUUUGGAGGCCAUGGCGCUAGCUCUAAAAUUGUGCUCCUUAAGGGAAGUGGAGGGGGAGGUUAUGGCGAAGGUCUUGGUGUUGGUGGAGGGCUUGGGGGCUUCGGAGGAGGCCAUGGCUUCGGCGGUGGAAUGACAGGCGGAAUGACAGGUGGAUGGUGGUAACCGCAGUUAGAAGGGGAUGUGCAGACCGUGAAGUGCACGGAGGUCACGAGGCACUUACCAAUAGUGGGACCAACUUUAGACUGAGCAAUUAGGUUAGAUGUGCGAUCAAACGAGCGCGAGGAUGUGUGUUUGUCGUACGCAAAAUGAGCAAAUCAGAUGUGCGGUCUGAUACCAUCAAAUGAUGUUUAAGGAAACACCUAUUCGCGUGCAUUGUCUACCUAAUUGAUCUGACGAGAAGCGCUGCGUGCAUUUCACGAUGUAUAUUUGUACAUACUUUUUCCCUAUUCUGUACGCUUCACAGUCUAAGUUCGUGCAUAUCCGUGAUACAGAACAAUUUUGUGCGUUCUACAACUUUUUAUGUAUCUUUUGUGGUUAUGUACUCCUUUUUAGUUAUAAUGCUAGAAAUUGCACUAUGUAGGUUUAUCGGGAAUGUCGUAUUUUUUGUUUUGUCACUCUUAAACUAUUUACUUCUGAAAUUAGCCACCAAAGUGCGAACGCGUUUCCAACCUGCACCCUGUUGGUACCGUUGUACACCGGCGAUGCUUCUUUUGUAGGUUAUGAA